AUGUUAUUCGGUCCUAUCGAUACGGAAUUGUCCCGUCCGUUACGGGAAACAGUGUCAUCAUGUGCACUGCAGGAGAAUAUUGAAAGUUUCCCACAGAAAAGGAAAAACUCCAUGUCUUAUCAGUGCCAUGACGAAGCCACAGUGAUGGAUAGUAUUGUACAGCAUAAGGCCAAAAGAUCAAGACGACUUCGGGCCAAUGACCGUGAGCGGAAUCGUAUGCACAAUCUCAACGACGCGCUGGAUCGGCUUCGCACAGUGCUACCAGUCUGUGUUACCCCAUCGAGUUCAUCACCAGCAGUCAGCCAGGAUUCAUCGCUAAGCGAGCACAUGGACGUGAACAUGGAACGAGAUGACCCGUUAAAGCUAACGAAAAUUGAAACACUUCGAUUCGCGCACAAUUAUAUUUAUGCAUUGACGAAAACGCUCAAGAUGUUGGACGGUCAGUGUAGCCCUGAUCCUCUGCUGGCCGCUGUGGCUUUACAAGGCUCACAAACAAAAACAUGUGCAAGUCACCUCAAGCACUCGAUGAGACGUCGUCUUUCCAAUAUCCAGCUAGACCUCGAAUUUGACCUCAAAGCUUCGAACUUAACCACGACAACAACACCAACCACUGGGCUUCCGAUUGAUAUCUCCAUGCCAACUGGUGUCGUAUCUGACCAUACCGUUUCGUGUCCCGUGACCAGCUUGCCCGCCGGGUCUUCCAAUUGUGACCUCAUCUUUGGCACAACCUCAGAAUCAAACUUUUCCUCAACACCGUCUUCACCACUAAGUGAUUACGGAUUCAAUCAGCAGCUCAGCCCAUCUGGUUAUUACACGGAGAACAGUUUCUAUCAAAGCUAA